UGCUGUCCUUGUGAUAGAACGUUGUAGCAGCUUCUUAGAACGUAGUGGUUGCAGAGACAUAUAUUCCUUUUAGAUAUUAUCAUUAAAAAUCUUGGACUAAUAUUCAUCCCAUUUUGUUCAUUUGAACAUUAUUUUUUUAUUGUUUUAUUGAUUCUGUGUAUAACAUAAGAAUUUGUUUACAAAUUUGAGUAAUUCACUGGUCUACUGUAUCGGCUAUUGUGAAUUUCGAAAGCACGCGCAAAUUCGGAGGUGGGUACAGAUCCCAAGAAAAGAGCAUCCAAAUUGUGUCGUUUAUCCAAUUGGAAAUUCUGCUUGGGAAUUUCCUUUAGGUACGCUUAUUAUUAAUCCUGAAUAGAAAAGUGUAAAUUGUUUUUUCUGAAGCUUCUGUGAAGACGUGAAAAAUCAUACAUUGACGCACUUUGCCCCAAUGGAAUACCUUUUUAGAAGCCCAGUUGAUGUUGAUAUUCGUUUGGACAAUGAAGAAGAGCGUUCUUUUGUAGAUAUUGAAUUCGAGCACGGAAGAAAGGACAAGGCUCCAGUUUAUGGCAGCGAUGAAUCUGUAAAAGGCGCGGUUAUGAUUCGGUUGAAGGAUGGAAGAAAGUUAGACCAUAAUGGAAUCAAGAUUGAAUUUGUUGGAUGUAUAGAAAACACAUAUGACAAAGGAAAUGUUCACGAAUUUACCAGAAGUGUGCAAGAACUUGCUUCUCCUGGAGAAAUGCGACAGGCUCAAAUGUAUGAGUUUGAGUUCAAACAUGUGGAAAAGCCAUACGAAUCGUACUUUGGAAAGAACGUCAAGUUGCGUUACUUUUGUAGAGUUACAGUAACGCGAAAAAUGGCAGACGUAAUCCGGGAAAAAGAUUUAUGGGUGUACCGGUAUGAGAAUGAGCCCGAGACGAGCAAUCUCAUCAAGAUGGACGUUGGUAUCGAUGAUUGUCUACACAUUGAGUUUGAAUACAGUAAGAACAAGUAUCAUUUACGUGAUGUGAUUGUAGGGAAAAUUUACUUUAUUCUUGUCCGAAUCAAAGUUCAGCGCAUGGAAGUGAACAUUAUACGACGAGAGACGAUUGGGACUCCACCGAACCAGUAUAGCAAUAGUGAAAUCGUAACUCGAUUUCAAGUGAUGGAUGGCAAUCCGAAUCGUGGAGAAACGAUUCCUUUGCGCAUGUUUUUAAAUGGAUACUCAUUAACACCUACUUUUCGCGACGUCAACAAAAAGUUCAAUGUACGCUAUUACUUGAGUUUGAUUCUCAUUGACGAAGAUCAACGACGUUACUUUAAACAAUCGGAAAUUACAUUGUGGAGGCGAAAAGAUGAACAAGGAGUCGUUGCAUAGUUUGUAUUUUCAAUGAAUGAAACACAGCUCAAGGACAGGAUGCUAGAGAAGUAAAAGAGAGUAAAAAUAUCAACGAUAAUUGGACUGCUUUUAUCCCUCUUUUUCUUCUUUUUUUUGCGCUUUCUUUCAUCUUGUUCUCUUGAAACCAUACCUUCUAUGAAAACACGACUACAAUCUUUUUCAUGAUCAUGAUUCCUGUUAAUACUAAUGAAUAUGUUGUUUUCUUAUCUUACGAAUCAGGAAGAAAAAGUGGAACUAAUAAA